UACGGAAGAAAAACAAAGACCGCAGUAGUUGUUGUUGGUCCAUACGAGGAAAAGCAAAACGACUCCUGGCACCGCAUUGCGUGUUAGUGCCACUACACGUCCACUCAAGUGGGCCGUGGGAAAUAAUAAUGGAAGCCAAGUUGAAGAAAGCGUUGGGCACCACCACGCUGAAGUCAACUGGCCACUCAGGUGGAGGAUGUAUCAGCGAGGGCCAGAGUUAUGAUACCGACACUGGGAGAGUGUUUGUGAAGAUAAAUCACAAGAGCGAGGCCAAAUUGAUGUUUGAUGGGGAGAUGGCCAGUUUGGAAGCCAUUUUAAAGACAGAAACUGUUAAAGUCCCCAAGCCUGUGAAGGUGAUUGAACUUGACACAGGAGGAUGUGUAUUUGUGAUGGAGCAUCUGGACAUGAGAGGUCUUACCAAGUACUCACAGAACCUAGGAGAGCAGCUGGCAGAUCUGCAUCUUCACAACAAGAGACAGUUGGACAAAUUAAAUAAAGAGCAGCAGACAGUGGGAAAAGGAGCUGGACAAUCGGAGGUGGCGGUUAUUACACAAUUUGGCUUCAGUGUACCUACAUGCUGUGGAUAUCUACCUCAGGAAAAUGAGUGGCAGGAUGACUGGGUGAUGUUUUACUCCCAGCAGAGGCUGCAGCACCAGCUUAACAUGGUGGAUAAAUCUUAUGGAGACAGGGAGGCCAGAGAACUAUGGGCCAAGCUACAGUUGGAGAUCCCUCAAUUUUUCAAAGAUGUGGAGAUCGUCCCUGCUCUCCUCCAUGGAGACUUAUGGGGAGGCAACGUGGCGCAGUGUGCAGAGGGCCCAGUCAUCUAUGACCCGGCCUCCUUCUAUGGACAUUCAGAGUAUGAACUGGGUAUUGCAGGGAUGUUUGGUGGCUUCAACAGCUCUUUUUACUCUGCGUACCAUGAACAGAUUCCUCAAGCACCGGGCUUUGCAAAGAGAAACCAGCUUUACCAACUCGUCCACUAUCUGAAUCACUGGAACCACUUUGGUGGUGGCUACAGGGGCUCUUCAAUAAGUAUUAUGAAGAACCUACUGAAAUAAUUGCGGUCACAUUCACUUGUAGAAAGCUUCACAGUCUUAAACUCAAACCAAGUAUGAUGUACGUAUUGCCAUAUGCUAAUUUGACCAGAAAUAGUGUGGCUAAUUGUAGAGACAUAACAUUCUGACAUUGUAAUGUCUGUCACAUUGUCUACUCUAGACAAUACAGAAUCAACAUAGCAAACAAGUUGUGUCUUGUCUGCUUCAUCUAUACCAACCUGCUUCAUAUGAAAUCUAUAAUUUUAUGUUUGAACAAGGAUAUAUACUGUAUAAACUAGACUGACUUGUGUGUAGGUUGAUGACAACCAAACAUAAUAUGCAAAAAAGGGAAGUUCUAUGAGUGUAAGAGCAAGCAACGCAUAACAGGUAUUGUUGGCCUGUUUGUCAGUUAGAACAAAUACCAAUACAUUUGAAGUUGAUCUGCAGCUGAGUAUGGUUUGCUUAUACUUUGUCUAGAUCACUACAUCUUCACCCUCUUCUUGACUGUUUGAUUCCUGCCACUAAAAUGAACAAUAGCUUCUUCUCCCAGGCUGUAAUACACAUUUCCUCCCGGCAAUCACUUACAACUUAGUAACGUAACAUAACAUACACAUAUGAACCUAGCCCUCUUAAUUGUUGUUUCUACUUUGCUUGUAUGUGUGGUGUUAUGUUGAUAUGUAUAAUUGUGUUGUGUAUGUAUUUGCACUUUGGAGGAUAUUAAACAUACUCAGACUUU